CAUGUGGUGACACUGGAUGUGUUUGUGUACCAUUCGUUUUCCCGCUUAAAGGUGUUCGACUCAUUUCCAAAGUCUCAAGUUGGGCUCAACUCAUCUCAACUAUGUGGGAAAGCGGCGGUGGAUUCAUGACCGGUACCCCGGGGGGUGAAUCGGGUACGCCCGGAGGAGCCGGCGGAGCUGGUAAAAAGCAAAGGGCUCAAAAUGUGGUGCCCGUGGAUAUUGGCGAGAUUCAGUCCUUGGGCGGGGACCAAAUGACGGUGGAGGGUCGGGAAGUGGGCAUGGUGGUGUUGGUGGGGCGGGUGAAGCGCGUGGAUCACCAGGCCACCAAGAACACCUACACCAUCGAGGAUGACACGGGUACCAUUGACGCCGUUCAUUGGGUGGAUGAGGGUCAAGAGCACACGUCGUCGAAUGUAUCCGAGAAUAUGCAUUGUCGGGUGAUUGGUGCAGUUCGCACGGCCCAAGAUAAGAAGCAUGUGAUGAUCUUUAAGAUCUCGCAAAUUGAGAACAAAGACGAGAUCCAAGCUCACGGUCUGGAAGUCUUGCACGCCAAGCUCAUGAUUCGCAAACUUCAGAAUCAAGAGAAUACUAACAUUGGCAUGAACUCAAUGUCCAAUUCCAUGAUGAAUUUUGGAUCAAAUUCCACAGCCAUGCCCAAUAUGAGUACCGGAAAUACCUUUGGGAACGCCCAGCAGGACAUGAUUUACAAGGUGAUUGCGGCUUGCACGCGAGAUGAAGGGAUUGGUCGUGAGGAAUUGAUGGGACAACUUAAGGCCAAGGUCUCCAAGGUUGACUUGGACUCGGCAUUGGAUUUCCUCAGUGGCGAGGGCCACAUCUACUCCACCAUUGAUGAUGAUCAUUUUAAAACCAUUGACAGUUAAAGCGUCAGCUAGUUCAGUAUUAAAUUGUACCCGUUUAGCUACCUCGAGUCGUGGAGUUAUUUGAGCUCUGGGCGAUCCGUUUUACUCGUCAUGAAAUGGCAUUCAAUGAAAAACACCUAACGAUACGAUGAGGAAUUUGCUGAAGAAAGAUAACGGAGUCGGUCUGUCCAUUUUACUGAGGAUGGCACGAACUCCUUCUUAUUCAGCUUUUGAGCAAACCAUUCUGUACUUAUUACCCGUAUCUGGAAAAAUACAUGUGGCUGACCUGGCUCA